ACGGUUAAUCUCGCGAUCUUUGGGAAGUUCCGUUGGGGAACAUGGCGGCGGCCUCGAGCACCUUUAUAUUCUUGCCGCCGGGGACUUCAGACUGAUCCUUUCUCGAGAGGGUGGACGGUUGGUGCCUUGAGUUCUGGAAGCCCGAGCUAACUUGUUUCCCCCAUUAGUGUUGGGGAAGGGCUUACCCUGGUGUCGUGGACCCAGGCCCGCUCCGCCUGCAGGAUGAAAGCUCAGGGGGAAACUGAGGAGUCGGAAAAGCUGAGUAAGAUGAGUUCUCUCUUGGAACGGCUCCAUGCCAAGUUUAACCAAAAUAGACCGUGGAGUGAAACCAUUAAGCUUGUGCGUCAAGUCAUGGAGAAGAGGGUUGUAAUGAGUUCUGGAGGGCAUCAGCAUUUGGUCAGCUGUUUGGAGACAUUGCAGAAGGCUCUCAAAGUAACGUCUUUACCAGCAAUGACUGAUCGUUUGGAGUCCAUAGCAAGACAGAAUGGACUGGGCUCUCAUCUCAGUGCCAGUGGCACUGAAUGUUACAUCACGUCAGAUAUGUUCUAUGUGGAAGUGCAGUUAGAUCCUGCAGGACAGCUUUGUGAUGUAAAAGUGGCUCACCAUGGGGAGAAUCCUGUGAGCUGUCCAGAGCUUGUACAGCAGUUAAGGGAAAAAAAUUUUGAUGAAUUUUCUAAGCACCUCAAGGGCCUUGUUAAUCUAUAUAACCUUCCAGGGGACAACAAACUGAAGACUAAAAUGUACUUGGCUCUCCAGUCCUUAGAACAGGAUCUAUCUAAAAUGGCAAUUAUGUACUGGAAAGCAACUAAUGCUGGUCCUUUGGAUAAGAUUCUUCAUGGAAGUGUUGGCUAUCUCACACCAAGGAGUGGGGGUCAUUUAAUGAACAUUAAAUACUAUGCUUCUCCUUCUGACCUACUGGAUGAUAAAACUACAUCUCCCAUCAUUUUGCAUGAAAAUAAUGUUCCUCGAUCCUUGGGCAUGAAUGCAUCAGUAACAAUAGAAGGAACAUCUGCUAUGUAUAAACUCCCUAUUGCACCGUUAAUUAUGGGGUCACAUCCAGUUGACAAUAAAUGGACCCCUUCCUUUUCUUCAGUCACCAGUGCCAACAGUGUUGAUCUUCCUGCUUGUUUCUUCUUGAAAUUUCCUCAGCCAAUCCCAGUAUCUAGAGCGUUUGUUCAGAAACUACAGAACUGCACAGGAAUUCCAUUGUUUGAAACUCAACCAAUUUAUGUACCCCUGUAUGAACUGAUCACUCAGUUUGAGCUGUCAAAGGACCCUAACCCCAUAUCUUUGAAUCACAACAUGCGGUUUUAUGCUGCUCUUCCAGGUCAGCAGCACUGCUAUUUCCUCAACAAGGAUGCACCCCUUCCAGAUGGCCGAAGCCUACAGGGAACUCUUAUUAGCAAAAUCACCUUUCAGCACCCUGGCCGAGUUCCUCUUAUCCUAAAUCUGAUCAGACACCAAGUUGCCUAUAACACCCUAAUUGGAAGUUGUGUUAAAAGAACUAUUUUGAAAGAAGGUACUGGAUUUCUAUGUAUGUCCAUUCCUGUGACGAUGAGGGCUAUUCGGAGGAAAGCUGAAACCAUUCAGGCCGACACCCCAGCACUGUCCCUCAUUGCAGAGACAGUUGAAGACAUGGUGAAAAAGAACCUGCCCCCGGCUAGCAGCCCAGGGUAUGGCAUGACCACAGGCAACAACCCAAUGAGUGGUACCACUACACCAACCAACACCUUUCCGGGGGGUCCCAUUACCACCUUGUUUAAUAUGAGCAUGAGCAUCAAAGAUCGGCAUGAGUCGGUGGGCCAUGGGGAGGACUUCAGCAAGGUGUCUCAGAACCCAAUUCUUACCAGUUUGUUGCAAAUCACAGGGAACGGGGGGUCUACCAUUGGCUCGAGUCCGACCCCUCCUCAUCACACGCCGCCACCUGUCUCUUCGAUGGCCGGCAACACCAAGAACCACCCGAUGCUCAUGAACCUUCUUAAAGAUAAUCCUGCCCAGGAUUUCUCAACCCUUUAUGGAAGCAGCCCUUUAGAAAGGCAGAACUCCUCUUCUGGCUCACCCCGGAUGGAAAUGUGCCCGGGGAGCAACAAGACCAAGAAGAAGAAGUCAUCAAGAUUACCACCUGACAAACCCAAGCACCAGACUGAAGAUGACUUUCAGAGGGAGCUAUUUUCAAUGGAUGUUGAUUCACAGAACCCUAUCUUUGAUGUCAACAUGACAGCUGACACACUGGAUACACCACACAUCACUCCAGCUCCAAGCCAGUGUAGCACUCCCCCAACAACUUACACACAACCUCACCCCCAACCCAGUAUUCAAAGGAUGGUCCGACUAUCCAGUUCAGACAGCAUUGGCCCAGAUGUAACUGAUAUCCUUUCAGACAUUGCAGAAGAAGCCUCUAAGCUUCCCAGCACUAAUGAUGAUUGCCCACCCAUUGGCACCCCUGUUCGAGAUUCUUCAAGUUCUGGGCAUUCUCAGAGUACCCUCUUUGACUCUGAUGUCUUUCAAACUAAUAAUAAUGAAAAUCCAUACACUGAUCCAGCUGAGCUUAUUGCAGAUGCUGCUGGAAGCCCCAGUAGUGAUUCUCCUACCAACCAUUUUUUCCCUGAUGGAGUAGAUUUUAAUCCUGAUUUAUUGAAUAGCCAGAGCCAAAGUGGUUUUGGUGAAGAAUAUUUUGAUGAAAGCAGCCAAAGUGGGGAUAAUGAUGAUUUCAAAGGAUUUGCAUCUCAAGCACUGAAUACUUUGGGGGUGCCAGUGCUUGGAGGUGAUAAUGGGGAGACAAAGUUUAAAGGUAAUAGCCAAGCUGACACAGUUGAUUUCAGUAUUAUAUCAGUAGCUGGUAAGGCUUUGGGUCCUGCAGAUCUUAUGGAGCAUCACAGUGGUAGUCAGAGUCCUUUGUUGGCCACUGGGGACUUAGGGAAAGAAAAGACUCAAAAGAGGGUAAAGGAAGGCAAUGGCACCAGUAAUAGUUCUCUAUCAGGCCCUGGAUUAGACAGCAAACCAGGGAAGCGCAGUCGGACCCCCUCUAACGAUGGGAAAAGCAAAGAUAAACCACCAAAGCGGAAGAAGACUGAUACUGAAGGAAAGUCUCCAUCUCACAGUUCUUCUAACCGACCUUUUACCCCACCUACUAGCACAGGUGGAUCUAAAUCUCCAGGCAGUUCAGGAAGAUCUCAGACUCCUCCAGGUGUUGCCACCCCACCCAUUCCAAAAAUCACUAUUCAGAUUCCUAAGGGAACAGUGAUGGUUGGCAAGCCCUCCUCUCAUAGUCAAUAUACCAGCAGUGGUUCUGUGUCUUCCUCAGGCAGCAAAAGCCACCAUAGCCAUUCUUCCUCUUCUUCCUCAUCUUCUGCUUCCACAUCAAGCAAGAUGAAAAGCAGUAAAUCAGAAGGUUCAUCAAGUUCUAAGUUAAGUGGUAGUAUGUAUUCUAGCCAAGGGUCUUCUGGAUCUAGCCAAUCCAAAAAUUCAUCUCAGUCUGGAGGAAAGCCAGGCUCCUCUCCCAUUACCAAGCAUGGACUAAGUAGUAGUUCCAGCAGUACUAAGAUGAAACCUCAAGGGAAGCCAUCAUCGCUUAUGAAUCCUUCUUUAAGUAAACCAAACAUUUCCCCUUCUCAUUCAAGGCCACCUGGAGGCUCUGAUAAGCUUGCCUCUCCAAUGAAGCCUGUUCCUGGAACUCCUCCAUCCUCUAAAGCCAAAUCCCCUAUCAGUUCAGGUUCUGGUGGUUCUCACAUGACUGGAACUAGUUCAAGCUCUGGCAUGAAGUCAUCUUCAGGGUUAGGAUCCUCAGGCUCAUUGUCCCAGAAAACUCCCCCAUCAUCCAAUUCUUGUACAGCAUCUUCAUCCUCCUUUUCUUCAAGUGGCUCUUCCGUGUCCUCCUCUCAGAACCAGCAUGGGAGUUCCAAAGGGAAAUCUCCCAGCCGAAAUAAGAAGCCGUCCUUGACAGCUGUCAUAGACAAAUUGAAGCAUGGGGUUGUCACCAGUGGCCCUGGGGGUGAAGACCCAAUGGAUGGCCAGAUGGGGGUGAGCACAAAUUCUUCUAGCCAUGCCAUGUCCUCCAAACAUAACAUGUCAGGAGGAGAGUUCCAGGGCAAGCGUGAGAAAAGUGAUAAAGACAAAUCAAAGGUUUCCACCUCUGGGAGCUCAGUGGAUUCUUCUAAAAAAACCUCAGAGUCAAAAAAUGUGGGGAGCACGGGUGUGGCAAAAAUUAUCAUCAGCAAACAUGAUGGAGGCUCCCCUAGCAUUAAAGCCAAAGUGACUUUGCAGAAACCUGGGGAAAGUAGUGGAGAUGGGCUCAGGGCUCAGAUGGCCUCUUCUAAAAACUAUGGUUCUCCACUCAUCAGUGGUUCUACUCCAAAGCAUGAGCGUGGCUCUCCCAGCCAUAGUAAGUCACCAGCAUAUACCCCCCAGAAUCUGGACAGCGAAAGUGAGUCGGGCUCUUCCAUAGCAGAGAAAUCUUAUCAGAAUAGUCCCAGCUCAGAUGAUGGCAUCCGACCACUUCCAGAGUAUAGCACAGAGAAGCAUAAGAAGCACAAAAAGGAAAAGAAGAAAGUAAAAGACAAAGAUAGGGACCGGGACCGGGAAAAAGACCGAGACAAGAAAAAAUCUCAUAGUAUCAAGCCAGAGAGUUGGUCUAAGUCACCCAUCUCUUCAGACCAGAGCUUGUCUAUGACAAGUAACACAAUCUUAUCUACAGAGAGGCCCUCAAGGCUCAGCCCUGAUUUUAUGAUGGGGGAAGAAGAUGAUGAUCUUAUGGAUGUGGCCCUGAUUGGCAAUUAGGAACCUUAUUUUUUAAAACAAACAUGGCCAGAGAAAAAACUAUUGAUACAUUUAUAGGCAAACCAACAUAUAAGGGGUGGAUCAGACAGUUCUGAAUUGUGUUUUAAGAACCCUAAAUGGCAUGGCUUUGACACCAAGCUGGGUGAAUUCAGAAAGGCAUGUCCAGACCCUAUGAGAGAAACCACAGGGUUUUGAUUCUGGUUACCAAGAAUUCUUGUUCAUUUACCAGAAUGAAAAAAUUAAAAUACUUAAGUAAAGGAGGGUGGGUGGGAGGGGCAUAGGGACAGGGACGGGUGGGAAACAUUUUAUGGGAAAUACUCAUAUAUUUUUUCUUCUCCAUUUUUAGAACAUGUUUUAAACUCAUUUUAGUGCAUGUAUAUGAAGGGCUGGGCAGAAAAUGAAAAAGCAAUACAUUCCUUGAUGCAUUUGCAUGAAGGUUGUUCACCUUUGGGUAGUACUUGUCCAUUUGAGGCAUGGGCAAAUGAAGGACUUUAGUUAUUUGGACACUUAAGUAAUGUUUGGUGUCUUUUUCUUAGGAGUGAUUGGGGGUGGGAAAAUUACUUUAGCUUAUUUAUUUAUAAAAUUUUAACCCUCUGUUUGUUUUUAUAAUGUUUCUUUCUAAAUCUGAGUUUAGGGUUCAAAAUGAUGGGAGGCAGAAGAGCAAGGCUUAUUUGAUGGUAGGGAUCUUCUAGCUUGUGCUGAUACUAUAGUAUCAAGCCCAAGCCAAUUAAUUAGAACCUGCCUUUGGAGUUAAAAUAGAAAAAUCCAAAUGAUAUUUUUUAUUUUAGGAGAUUUUUCAUAGGGUUCAGACAUCAUAGGAAUUUAGGAGUUACCUCCGUGUAGAGGUAUUGAUGUGUAAUAACCUCUUUUUCCUUUUAAAAGAAGCUAGAGUGACUUUUUGGGAUGUAAACUUGUUUUCAGAUGCAGAAAGAUUUAAUACGGGACAGCCUUCUUGGCCUAGUGGCAUGAAAACCAUUACAGAAUUAAUAGUUCUCCUAUUUCCACAAUGUGCCAAAAAUCCACAACCCAGCAUUUUGUUUGCAGGAGAACUGAUGCCAUUCCUUAGAGCUGAGCUCCUUGUUUCUCUUCCUCACAAGGAGGAGUCCAGACUUUAAUCACUCCACUGUAUGUUCCCAGAGAUAAAACAGUAAGAAAUUUGCAGCCAUAGUUCAUUUAUAACAAUUUCAAGCUCACUUGGAGUAAUGGGGGCCUGGAAUGCUAUGUGAGCAUGAAGAUAAACCCUUGCUACUAUGUAGCAACACAAUUGGACCUUUUUGGAGAAACAGGUCUGCAUCUGGAUUCUGGGGGACAUCAAUAAGAAGCCCUUCUCAUAAAUAUAGAAAUCCAGGAGACCGUUUUGAGUGCAACAGAAGUUCUCAGUAUUUGGAAGGUCCUCUCAAAAUUCUGCGGCCUUACUUUGAUUUUGACACCUGCACUGUGCCAUUCCUGAUGAUUCCAUUCAGGAGCUAUAUCAGCGGAAUGGGGCAUGGUCCCCAGCACAACUCUUCUGGAUUAAAAAAGAGAAAAAGCCAGGUGAUUCCUCUGUGUGUGUUUGUUUGUGUCAUAAGUGGAGUGUCUUCAUCAGAUAUGGAAGAAGAUUACUAUAUUCAGCUCUUUCUGCAGGUUGGAGGUAGCAUAGAGUUGGAAAAUCAGCUUUGGCUUUCUUUCCUGACUGUCUCUCAUUUCCUUUAGUGUUCUCCCUUUUCUGGUCAUCAGCUCUCAACAACUCUGCCACUUUCGUGUCCCAAGGUAAUAAGAAGUAGGAAACGAAACAUUGCAAAAUGGAGCAAGAAAAGUUAUCGGUUACCAUGUCAGAGUCAAAUGUCUUGGGUGACACUAAGGAGGACAUGGGCAAGGUGAUACCAGAGUGCUUUAUCUUGUGAUGCUGAUAACAGUAGCAGCCUCCCAGACAUACAGCCAGGUUGGAUUUCUCACAAGUUUGUCACCUAAUUUUGAAUUUUUUCCCAUUGGUUUCUGCAGGAAACAAAAAAGUUACAUGGUUUUUAAGUUUGUUCUGGGUGGGGAAGAAUCUUAAGGGGAUUGUACUGAAUAGUAUCGGCUCGGCUCCUCCAAGCAGAGCCAACAAAUACCAAAAUGAGUAAACUGGGAAGCUUUUUCUCUCUUUCUGUCUUCAUCCCAGAUCAAAGAAUCCCGAGUUAGGAUCUGGAUGAAGGAUAAGCCCCUGAAUUGUCGAUGGGCACACCCCACACACUGACCCAGCAUCUGAACUUGCUUAACAGGGAGCCGGGGCUAACCUACUUCACCCUGCCUGAGAACCAGGGAGCACUGCAUUUCUCCACAGGGUGGAGGAGAAGAGGCAGAAUAAACCAAGCCUGGGACACCUCCCUCCUGUCUAGGUGUACUCAUUCUCCUGUUUCAAAAGACGGCAAGGACAUGAAGUCAACUUCUACUUAUCUUCUGCUGCUGGUGUCUUAGUAUUCUUAAUUUGACCUGAUUCCUCUUCUGUCUUUUGGCUUCAUGUUAGGGGUUCUUGGUCAAAACCUGCUCUGAUGUACAUGAAGAUUUCAGAUUCAAAAUCAAUGUCUUAAAACAAGUAUUUUAAGGUACCGGGUGGGUAGAGCAAAGCAGGAUAUAAUUGCCAAAACCAAGUUGGAGGUUGGUGACUCUUGGAAGGAUUUUCCUUCUUCAGGCCUAGGUCUGAAAAUUUACUGCAGCAAUAUCAUGAAUUCUCAAAAGAAACCCUUUCAGGGAGCCAGUGAAUUAUACAGUAUCCACAAUUGAGUCAUCUAACGUAGAUGUCAGUAUAGGAAACGUUUUUCAUAAUUCCUAGGCAAUCUCAUUUUUUUGGCCUUUUUCCUUCCCCUACUUUUGUUUUUAUCCUUGAGUUGAUUUUUUUGGGGGGUGGGGGUAGGAAGUACUUAACAUCUCAAAAGUAGAUUGGGAAACAUGCUUAGCUGUAAGAGCUGAGCUUUAAAUUUUGACUUUAAAAAUGUACAUCAGGAGCAGUUGGGGUGGGUCUUUUUUAAAAAAGAAAAUCUUUCAAAUUUGAUUUUCUGUGCAUAUGGCCGUUCUGUAAAUACUUUGGGGUUUUUCAUUUUUUUGAAAGUAGACAAAAUCUGUUGUGGGAUUUUUUUCCCCAAAACAUUAAAAAAGAACCUGUUUAUUUACAUGCAAAUAAAUUUCUUUGAUAAAAAGUAA